AUGGAUGUUCGCAAGAUGGCCACCAUCACCCGAUUCCUCGCAGUAACGAUCUUUGUUCCCUGUUCUCCGGACCUUGGUUUCCGGUGUCCCGUGACUGGGCAACCAGAGUAUAAGCCUGCUCAGGCUUUCUCCAGGGAGGCUGCCCGGCUGUGGGGCUCUGGUCCUGAUGGGCUGGUUGAACCUGGACAUCCAGUCAUGGGAGCAAACACGACAGAUAACCGACUCAGGGACUGGCCCAUGAAAAGGACUGGAAAGGGCAGGUGGAUGCUCCCAGAGGAUCAUGAGAUGGGGGAUCCGGUGACCCAGGUCAAAGCGGGUUAUGGGAGGGGUAAGGGUGGUCAGGAUUGGGUUGGAACCGAAGCCGUGGUGGCCAGGUUGGAUCAGAACGGGGCUCGGGUGCAACCGAGCCCACACGGUGGUCCCCGAGGACUGCUGGGACUAUACCUGCCCGCUAAAAGCCACAUGCUGUUUAGUUUUCCUCAGGAAAAAGUGAUGCCUUUUAUAGGCUUAGAAGAGAAAGGAAUGAGUCUUUUGUUUGUUCAUAAGUGCAAACUUGCCAUGCUCUACCUCGAGCGAGGCCCCAACCGGGUAGGUAGCGUCUACAAGAAGGCCGUGUACAAGCACUACACUGACGAGACCUACUCCACAGAGAUCCCCAAGCCCCCCUGGCUUGGCUUCCUGGGCCCCAUCCUGAGGGUUGAAGUGGAAGAUGUGGUGGUCAUCCACCUGAAGAACUUCGCCUCCCGCCCCUACUCCCUGCACCCGCACGGAGUGUUCUACGCGAAGGAUUCGGAAGGUGCCCUCUACCCAGACGGGACCUCGGGGAAGAACAAAGAUGAUGACAUGGUCCUACCCGGGAGAAACUACACCUACGUGUGGUCCGCCAAGGAGGAGUACGCCCCAACUCCGGCCGAUGCCAACUGCCUGACGUGGGUGUACCACUCUCACAUCGACGCGCCCAAGGACAUAUGCUCCGGCUUGAUCGGGCCACUGCUGGUCUGUAAGAGAGGAACUCUGAGCGGCUACGUAGGGACCAGGGCCGACGUGGACAAGGAAUUCGUGCUGAUGUUUACACUGGUGGACGAAAAUCAGAGCUGGUACCUCGAUGAAAACAUCGAGCAUUUCUGCUCGGAUCCCGACACGGUUGACAAAAACGAUGCGGUUUUCCAGCGGAGCAACAAAAUGCACGCCCUCAACGGUUUCCUUUUUGGAAAUCUCCCAGAGCCGGCCAUAUGCGCCGGGGAAUCGGUGUCCUGGCACCUGUUCGGGAUGGGGAACGAGAUCGAUGUCCAUUCCAUCUAUUUCUACGGCAACACCGUCAGCAGCCGAGGGCAUCGGUCCGACGUGGUCAACCUGUUCCCGGCCACCUUCCUGACGACCGAAAUGAGGGCCGACAACGCCGGGAAGUGGAUGAUCACGUGCCAAGUCAGCGACCACCUUCAAGCUGGGAUGGUGGGCCAGUACAGCGUCGAGACCUGCAGGAGCGGAGGCCCCCCGAAACCCAAGCUGCAAGGCCGCCGGAGGAGCUACUUCAUUGCAGCCGAGAAGGUGCUUUGGGAUUACGGUCCCGCCGGCUAUGACAAGUUCACCGGCCUGCCAUUGAACGCCACUGGAAGUGACUCUGAGCCCUUCUUCACCCAAGGAGACGCUAGGAUAGGAGGAAAGUAUUGGAAAGUUCAGUAUGUGGAGUUUACCGACGCCACGUUUACCCGACGAAAGAGCCGGUCUGAGAGAGGGACCACCCACCUUGGAAUACUUGGCCCGGUCAUCAAAGCUGAGGUGGGGGAUACCCUGUCGGUGACGUUCUCCAACAGGGCGGACAAGGCCUACAGCGUCCUGCCCCAUGGUGUGUUCUACAGCAAGGAGUCGGACGCGGCCCCCAACGAAGAUGGGUUUCAGAAGAUGGGAGCGCACGUCCUACCGGGAGAGACCUUUACAUACAAGUGGACGGUGCCCGAAAGCGUGAGCCCUCUGGCCAGUGACCCCCCCUGCCUGACCUACCUGUACUUCUCAGCGGUUGAUCCGAUCAAGGACACCAGCUCCGGCCUAGUGGGACCUCUGGUCAUCUGUAAGCCAAACUCUCUGAACGAGGAUGGAACCCAGAAAGGAAUAGACAAAGAAUUCUACCUCCUCUUCACUGUCUUUGACGAGAAUCUAAGCUGGUACCUCGAUCAGAACAUUCAGAAAUUUACCUUGCGUCCCUUUGGUGUUGACAAAGAGGAUAAAGAAUUUGUGAAAUCCAACCGAAUGCCUGCCGUAAAUGGUUACAUGUACGGAAAUCAGCCGGGCUUGAACAUGUGCAAAGAAGAUAAGGUUUCCUGGCAUCUGUUUGGGCUGGGGACGGACACGGAUAUGCACGGAGUUCAUUUCCAAGGGAACACCGUCCAUUGGAGAGGAACCCACAGGGAUACUGUUGCCCUUUUCCCUCAUUCCUCUCUGACUGCGUUUAUGCAGCCAGACCACACAGGCAUUUUCAAAAUGGUCUGUAGGACGAUGGACCACUUCACUAGAGGAAUGAAGCAGAUCUAUGAGGUGAACACCUGUGGCAAUCCAUCCGCCCCAGCACAGCCCCAUGGGACAAUCCGAGUCUUUUACAUUGCGGCCGAGGAGGUGGAGUGGGACUAUGCCCCCAACAAAAAUUGGGAGCUUGAGAAGCAGCACAUGGAUUUUGGAAGAGAGAGGUAUGGGGAAAUAUUUAUGAACCACACGGAGAAGUGGAUCGGCUCUCAGUACAAGAAAGUGGUUUACAGGGAGUAUACGAAUGGGGAAUUUGUGGAGAUCAAGGCGAGAUCACCCCGAGAGGAGCAUCUGGAAAUCUUGGGACCCAUGAUCCGGGCAGAGGUUGGUGACUCCGUCCUGAUCGUAUUUAAGAACAAAGCCAAGCGGCCCUACUCCAUCGCUGCCCACGGCGUAGAAGAUAUGGAUGGUGGCAAAAGGCUCGAAGUGCCCAACACCAGGCCAGGCGAAAUAAAAACCUACCGGUGGAAUAUCCCUAAAAGGUCCGGCCCGGGUCCCUCUGACCCGAAUUGUAUCUCGUGGGUGUAUUAUUCCACGGCAGAUUUUGUGAAGGAUACCUACAGUGGUUUGAUAGGCCCACUGAUCACAUGUAGAGAAGGAAUACUAAAUGAGAUGGGGCGAAGAAGUGAUGUCGAUUAUGAGUUUGCGCUCCUGUUUUUGAUCUUCAAUGAGAAUGAAUCCUGGUAUCUGGAUGAGAAUAUUAAAAACCAUCUUGAUAAGGACCCUGCUGAUUUUAAACCCUCCGAUGACUUCGAGAAGAGCAAUAGGAUGCAUGCAAUUAACGGGAAGAUCUACGGGAACCUCCACGGCCUGGUAAUAAAGGAAGAUUCGAAGACCGACUGGUACCUGUUGGGAAUGGGAACGGAAGUGGACAUACACACCGUCCACUUCCACGCAGAGAGCUUUAUAUUCAAGAUGGACAAGUCUUACCGAGAAGACGUACACGAUCUCUUCCCGGGGACCUUUCAAACCAUCGAACUCAUAGCGGAUCACCCGGGAACGUGGCUGCUGCACUGUCACGUGACCGAUCACAUCCAUGCCGGCAUGGAAACGACCUACACCGUCCUGAGGAACAUAGACAACAGGAUUCCUUACUCGACCAAGGUGCCUUUUGAAGAAGCAGCCCCUCCGGCCACCAUACCUACGGAUGACGGAAGUAACCAAGAGAGGAUACAUUUCUUGGGCAAAAAGCUGGAUCCCAGAGGGGCCAAAGCGGCCCUGGUCAGCCUCUUUAUCAUCGGAUCUCUCCUCCUGGUCGCCGUCGUGGUCCUGUUCCUCAGCCUCCGCUCCGUUCGGAGGAGGAUGGCCUAUCGAGCGGUGCACACGUGCGCUCUCCCGACGGACACUCUGUAAGCCGGUCCCCUCCCCGGCCCUCCCUCCCAAAAGUGGGGGAAAUAGCGGGCCCGGGUCCCCAACCUGGACCUGCGACUAAGUUCACAAAGUUGGCAAUAGACGCUGUACUCUACCCCGGAUUGGGCCCCCAAAGCCGCUCUCAAUACUGCAAAGGAAACGCAAGCCGCUUGCCGUCCUUGUGUGAAACGGGCUGUGAAUCGCUUUCAGGCGCAAAACACAGGGAACGCGAAGUGGGGAGGGAAAAGAAAGAAAGAAGCAUUGGCUGGACAGAGAAAUGUUGAAUCUGAGUCACUCCCUAAGUGAGAUUACUUAAGAGGGAUGCAGGGUUUUGCCUCUGACUUAGGAGACGAUGCCUUCAGGGGUGACCACGAUCAGUAUCCAGAUUGACAAUACCAUCACGAUCUAGAUAUCAAUGGGAGAGGACUGAUUUUUUUCCCCUCCAUCCGACAGGGUAGUUUCUACCUUAAAGUAUUUCAGGGUCAGAAACCUCUACUAGGAUUUUAAGCAUCUGCAGGCAGAAUUUAACCUAGUGAAUCUGAACACUUAACCAAUUCUCCUCUCUUCUUCCUCUUUCACCAACAGGUCGUGCACUGAGUUAGUUACGGGAAAGAUGGGGUUUUUUUCAUUUUAAAUUGCUGCUUUUUUUUUUUUUUUACAUAAACUACAGAGAGACAUUUGAACUUUUACAACUCACUUAGACCUAGGUUUUACUAUGACGUAUGUCUGUGGACGAGGUUUUAUAUCAACAAGUGUCUUCGUACUGAUGCUUCAGAACCGAGGAGGGGUCGAGUCUGAGAAAACAUCCCGGCAGACAGAUUCUUCCACUGUGGCUGGUUGCCCCCGAGGCCUACUCCUCUGGCUUCACUCUGAAAAUGAAGGUUUAUUAUUCCUGUCUGGGAGAGCAGGUUUUAACGUCCUUCUCCUUCUUAAGCAACAGAAACAACAUUCUGCAGUAUGAGAAAUAGCGUCAGUAGGUUUCUGUCAUCACGAGGGGCCUCCGAACCAACAGAAUCUGUCUGGACCCCGGGUUUAAGUGGGUCUUUCGGAACUAGCACAUUCUCGUUAUCGGAUGGACCUAGGGGGAGAGAUUUAGAAAACAACAGCCCUGAUUGGGUUGUGGAGUUCGGACCCCUGGCUUCUUGAUUUAAAAAAAAAAUUACUUUUUUUAAACACCGUAGCAUCCUUUCAAAGAACUGCCAGGCCAAGAAAGUCCUCUCCUCCUGACCCCAGGGAGCAGAAUAAAAAUAAUAGCAAGGGUCUUUAUCCCUACCCUGAAACCACCUUUCCAGACUCAAGGCAGGGUACCACUGUACACUCUCCCAGACGUUUAGUACAGUGCUCUGCACCCAGUAAGUGCUCAAUCAAUAGGAUUGAUUGAUUGAUGGGCUAGGCGCGGGGCUGUGUUAGGGCUCACGUAGGGUGUCUUUGUUAGCGGCAGAGUGUCCGGGCACACGAGUAGAAGUAGAAGCUUUGGUGGAGGGAUCUUUCAUAAGGAAAAAAGGGUAAUUUAGAAGGAUCUUUGAUGGCAUCAUACCCCUGAACAGUGACUGGAUCACUUGUAGACUACUGUCCUUUCCUGUUCCAAUUUCCUCUGUUAGGGAACCCCCAUAUAUUUCCAGGUCUGGGCUCAUCUGCCCGCUCAUUAACAGCCUGUGAGUCAGAUCGUUUAGUACAUUGAACACGGCAUCCAGAGAUGGAUCCUGGGCCUGCUGGACAAUUACGUAUAAUCCCAAAUACUUUAGGUUAACCCUUUCGGUCCUUUUUUUUUUUUUUAAUUGACAGUAGUAAUCUAAUUCCUUAGAGAUGUUUCUGUCUUUAAUUUUUUUAAGUGGAGCCAUAAAGUAGUCUGACUGUAGCAGGUUCUCUAUUAAAUAUAAAGUGUAGCAU